AUGUCAUUCAGAACGUCCCUCCUCAGAGGUUCAUUACCUCUCCGAGGUCGUCCUUCCGCGUCCCUUAUCUCCAACACUGCCAGACCAUUCACUUCUACCACCGGACAAUCCGCUCGAACUCUUAGAGCGCUCCCUUCAGCAUACACCAACAAUGUGAUAUUGGGCAGAAGGAAUUUGAACACUUCUCAAAUUGUCAAUUUGGAAGCGUCAAGGGCAUUGGGAGAUGGAGGUAUAGAAGAACCUCCUCAUAGUGGUAUAAACGUUGAUAAACCAACUAGUAUGGAUUCGUGA